AGGGAGUUAGAAGGCUGGAUUGUUCCGAGUGGUUUUAAUCAGCAACUCGUUGGGGAGAAUGGAAAACGUCUGACAGGGAUAAGAACAGAGUACAUAAACAUCACUUUGAACGGGUCUGGCACUAUUUCUUAAGGGACUAUUUGUUAUUCUGCUCUGAGGACUGAAGACUUUGUGCUACCCCGUGCCAUGGGAAAAUCCAGGCCCAGAAAUGAUGGAGAGAACUUGACGUGUCAGUGGGGAAACACAAGUGUGUCCCUUGAUUUCGUGCUGAUAAAAAGGAACCACGGGGACUUUUACAGUAAUGUGGGGCAAAAUUAGAACUGUGAAGUGGCCAUGGCUUGCAGGCAAACUCUGCCUUGCCGGAGGUACUACCGACUCCGUCCAUUCCUUCUGGUGCUGGUGCUGGCUGCCUAUCUUUUCUAUCAGACCCUGACGCCAUUAAGAGCAAGAAGAUACCUUCCAGCAGUUGACAGUGAUGUUUUACCAACACAGGAGGUGCAGCAGAGGGUAAGCGAGGAGGUUCCUACAAGGCAAGUUUAUUGUGUCCUUCCUUCAAGCAACCUACAAGUACAGAAGGAGAUUGAGGACGCCAUUUCUAAGCACUUCAGAAAUCAGGCAAAAAAAGUGAUACUUUACGUCACAUCUUCCAGCAGUAAACAAGACCUUCACUUAUAUCAACACAUCCUUACACAAUACGGCUUUGCAGUUACAGUCCUUGAAGACAGGAAACCGAACAGACAAAAAAACUUUCAUCCAGGUGAAUUAUAUCCCUGGGAUCUUAUGAUUUGUCUAUCCUCCAGCAGGGCUGACUAUGAAAAUUGUUUAGGUACACUAGAAUUACAUCAAACAACAUUACUGCCGCAGGCAAAUGUUCUCCCCCAAAUAGAGCAUCUUCUUUGCAGAAAAGAAGGGCUAUGCCACAUAGUGAGAGCAUUCCCAGAGCUGCAUCUUCCAAUUGCACUUUCUACCUGUCCAGAUCCAUUUUUGACACCAGACUCAGUCAUUGCACCUGGAUAUCUCAGAGCUGUGAAAUCGCAUGAUGACAACGAAAGGGCACACCUUGCCCAAGGCUCAGAUCCACCAACUGAGAAUAUGCAGCAACAUCCAACACCUGCUCCAGCUGACCAUAAGGAGUCCGUUAAAAUUCAAGACCUUUCUGUCAUCCUCAAAGCUUAUGUACUGGUCACAUCUUUAACACCUUUGCGAGCAUUCCUUCAUUCAGCUGGGGUUGUUUGGUAUCCACCCAAAAAGAAACACUUCUCAGUCAAGCUGGAAACCCUUUUUGAGACCUCCUUCAAAGCCAGUUCCCCACAGCAAGCCUUUGAUGACAUGAAAGAGGCAAUAAUCAAACUCUUGUUGAUAGCUGAAGUUUACGGUGAGGAAUCUGCAUCUGGACCAAAGGCCUUCACUCAAUGCAGCUUAUGUUUUCAGAUGCUAACCUUUGACAUUGGGUUCAGACGCGCUAUGCAUCCUGUCAUUCUUGAGGUACAUGAACAUUUUGACUUUCAAGCUGAUGAUGAUACAGAUUAUCGGGACCAAAUUGUUAAAGAAACUCUUCUUGGAGAUACUUUCAGAAUUCUCUUCUCAAAUAAACCUUUCCACUCUACUUUCUUUGAGGCUUUAAGGAAUGUGUACCAGUCAGCAGGGAUCAAGGAUGAAAAUCACCUGAAGGAAGCUGAUCAAUGUUUCACUUCAGAAGAACUAAAUUUGUUGAGCAGUUUUGUAAAAGAGCUUCAGAAUUUAGGACAAUUUGAACUGCUUUUCCCAUCUGCUGUUCCAAAGAUCCAUUUUUUGCUACACGACCUUUAUCGCAUGGUUAAUCCAAGAAGGCUUGACUCAGUUCUGACUUUACAUUGGCUUCUUUCAAAUUUACUUGAACAGCUGCAAAUCAUUAAGAAAGGAAAACACACACACCUUGCAGGACGGAAUUCUUAUUCAGGAAAGGAUAACAUUAAAGGUGUUUCUUCCACUCUGGAAGCAAAAAAUGAAGGUUUUCCUUUUUUGAAUCUGGCUGAGGGCAUCCAUUGCAGUCAUGAUAAAGAUACCCUACCUCACAUCCGGCAGAUCUUCACCAAUCCUUAUUUAAACCUAAAUCCUAAAUUUGAUCCAAAGAUCAAAGAAUACUACACUGAAGUGCCAUUUGAUGUGGUAACAGUAAAGAUUAGGGCAGAAGCUGUGAAUUGUCAGUGUGAAGUUCAUUUGGAUGAGAAGAAAGGGCCCAGUGCUGCAAAGUACCCUCUUGGACUAGGAAUAAACAGAGUCCACAUUAUGGUAACAGAUGCAUCUCAUUCACCACAUGAGGUUGUGAACAUCUAUAAAAUCAUCAUUUAUCGAGAAGACCGCCCAAGUUUGCCGCUUUUUGAUGAUUUUACAGUGUGUGGUUUUGCCCAGGAUUGUGGUUCACUGAUUCAUCCUGAGGAAUCCUGUGGGUUGCAGCCUCUGUCUACUGAAUACCUGUCAACCAUUUCCCAGCCACAGUUGAAAAAAUGCGAAACAGGGGACACACAAGGACAAUGGAUUGUCCCUUGUCUUAGUUGUUCUGACAACAGAACCUGUGACUGGAGACAAAUAACAUGGCAGCCCCACAAUUGUCAAUACAGUGUCAUUAACAAACCAGAACUCCAGCAGUGUCUGGAAAGCAAAAAGGUUCUUUUCAUUGGUGAUUCAACUAACAGAGGGAUGAUGUAUUACCUGAUAGAAAGAGUGAAUGAGACCCUUCAAGAGUGGCAAAAGACUCACGAUAUGAAGAUUUAUCAUAAUAUAAACAAUGGGAACACGUUUAUUAGUUACUCAUAUUAUCCGCAGUUUUGGAUCAGUAGAAACCAAAGACCAACAUUUGAAGAAGCGCUAGACCAGCUGCUACUCAGAUCACAGCCACUUGAGAAUACCGGGAAGACUAUAUUAGUUGUUGGUGGUGUCCAGUGGCUCAAUUUCAAUCACUUGGCUAUCAUUCAAAAGGUGCUCAAGCGAGCGAACCUCUCAAAUAUCCUGGUAGUGAUAAAAUCUCUGGGAAUGGGCUUUCAUCUGCCAGUGGAUGGAGUGCAUUUUUUGUCACCGGCAGAAGUACAAAAUCUGUGGGAUGAAAACCAGGCUAUUUUGAACACAGCAAAACAGUAUGGCUAUGAAGUGGUUGACACUUUCGUUAUUACAAUGGGACGGUACAAAGAAUUUUUGCAAGGAAAGUGUGGCUGUCAUUUCCAUGAGGUGGUAAAAUCCAAAACAUCUGAAGCAAGCUCCGCCAUGACAAUGCCAUUAUCAAGGCCUCAUGCUCUGGGCAAAUAUUUCAGCAACCAAAGCAAUUUGAUGCAACUGCAAACCUAUGCAUCCAAUUCUCAGUCUCCUUAUCACAUGAGAGGCCCAAUCAACCAAGUUUAUUCAGAAAUCCUUCUCAGCAGAAUCUGUGCAAAGGACAGGAAAGCUGUUGGAAUAUAGCUUCAUUUGGCUGGAACGUAGACCUCCAGACUGCCCACUUUCCCUUGUGGUGAGCCGAAGGCCAUAUCAGAUUUAUUAUACACUUCUCUGAGUGGAUAAACAUACCAGUGCAACUCAAGACGUGUGGCAGUUUCGGCAAAGCCUUAUAAAAUCAAGAUGUGUCCCCAUGCAACUGUGGUUUCAGAAUGGGAGACAGAAAAUCAAGAUGAAGAGGGAGGGAGGAAGAGUUACUUGAAAUAUUGCCAAAAUUAAAACAUUUGUAACCUAAGCAAAUGUAUAUAUAGUAGGAAGAUAUAUAUAUAUGAAUUUUGUAGAGACUAACAAAGUACAGCUAUAGUGUACAAUAUCACAACCUCUGUAAAGAAAAACCUCAUUCUGCUUUCAAGAGUUUUAUGACAUAGCAAAAGAGCUUUCUAAGGGCCAAGCUACAAGUGAUGAAUUACACAUGUAGUGAUCGGGUGGAGUGCAAGUGAACAGGGAGGAAUACACGUGCGUCUCUUCACUUGCCAUUCAACUGUAAUUUGUCACUUGUAACUUGGCCCUAAGAGUAUGCACUUGAAAGCAGGUUUCAAGAUGUCAGCCAUAGUACCAGAUUUGUACUUGUGACUAGACAUGGGCACGAACCACAUUACGAACGCAAAAAAACCACGUACCGCCUGAUCAUCUGUUCGCGAUCCGGCAGUUCGUUAGGGUCCAUGGCCAAUGAACCAGCGUUUGUUGGAAGCCCAGUUCGUUGUGGUCAUCCACGGUUUGUGAAGCCAGACAGUCAGGCACCAUCAAUCAAUUCCCUUGGAAACGGAGCCGGUGGGGUGCCUGAACUCUCUGCACUCCUUCUGUCGCCCUGGAAACCCAAAUCGAAGCCCAGUUUACCUUGAUCGGCAGGUCUUCCUUCCAACCAUGGAGCUGCAAAUUGGUUACAAUUGGUUACAUGGGAGAAGACACCCAGGGGAUGGGAGGGGGAAGGGGGGUGUUCUGUAGCCAUGGACACUCCAAUCUCAUCCUUGCAAACACUGAUAGGCACCAAGAUCCCUAUUGCAAUCUUGACUAAACUUGGGUGCUGGCUGGAGGAGAGCCUGCUAAACACUCCCUGUGAAUAUGGGCUCUCUAAGUCCAACGGGGGCCGUUCCGAGCCCCACGAACCAUGAACAGGUUCGUCAACAGGAAAUGUUCGUUAUGGUUCAUUAGUUCGAGUUCGUCGGUGGCACCAAACCACGAACCGCGGGUCCAUUACUUUUUUUUUUGGUUCGUGCCCAUGUCUACUUGUGACCUUUGCACGAUGGAAGACACAAUGGCACAAGCUCUGCUUCACUGCUAUUGCUACAAUACUGCUUCCUAUGCCUCCAUUUGUGUAUUCACUGGGCAUACGUGCUGCUGCUGCUUCCAGUUUAUGAUCUCCAAGUAUGAGGAAUAGACACAGAGCUAUCUUUAAAAAAAAUUACUUGGUGUGUGUUUGUGUACUGCUACAGAAACUUGUAAUUUUAUUGGACACAACAAAAUGAACAAAGGAAAGAAGGGAAUGUUGGCACAUUUUGGACUGCAGGUGAACUGAGGCUUGCUUUAGGCAAGUUUGUAUCGGUGAUCUUAGCUACACAUUUCUUGGUUCUCACUCUUAGCCUCUACAUUCAUUUUGUUUCUGCCUGCAGCUUCUUCUAUCUGCUUUCUAUAACAGAGUGUGCCUUUGGUGUUUCUCUCUGGAUAGGUAUUUUACAGUGGCUUUACAGCAAUGGUCAUGCAUUGAUCUCAUAACAUACCCAAUGUGAAGGGUUCUGUGAUACCAAAGUUACUCUGUUCUAUUAAAGUCUUAACAUCACUAUCUUUUUAUAAUGCUUCUGUAUGUCCACAUUCUAAUCCUGUUUGUGUGUUUAAGGUUUUCUUAUUGAACAUUGUUUAGUUUCCUAUAUGCUGGAUGCCCUAGUGAUAGAAGCAGAAAUGAAAGAGGGCUGCCUUUGUAAAUAUGUUUCUAUUGAAAAGCUGGACUGUUCCUAAAAUCCAGGACAAAUUCUGGUCAUGUUCACGCUGGCAAUGAAGUUUGUGCAUAUUCAUGAUUGUGUUUUAAUAUUUCUCAGAUAUUGUGUUUUAAUAUUUCUCAGAUAUUUUGAAAACAACCCUUCCGUAUUAUAUUUUUAUAGCUAUAUUUUUAUAUAAAGUUAUCACUGUAACAUACAAAGCAAGCUAUGUUCAAGUUAAUAAUUAACACGGACCAGAAAUUUUCAAGAGCAUUAGUUAAGAGACAGUGCAAUCCUAAGAAGAAUUACACCAGUCUAAGCCCAUUGAUUUCAAUGGGCUUAGACUGGAGUAACUGUUUUUAGGAUUGUGCUAUAAAAGCCAAGGCAAACCUAUAGAAAAAUGAAGUAGAUUGUCAUAGCUCAUGGUACAAAAUGUUUUUAGCUAACGUUCUUUCUUUUGUAUACUGAUAUGUAUAUAGAAAAUGGUAGCUCAGAUGAAGUGACCGCUUUGUUAUGUCUCUCCAUUUUCAGUUUUGGAGAGGAUGGAGAAAGUUCAUAUUUUCUUGAGGAUUGAGAUUGUCAAGGCUGAUCCAAAGAGAAUGGCAGUGUGUACAAUCUAGUGUCAAGUUAGUUGUGACUAGAGAUGGGCACGAACUGGAAAAAACCCAAACCAUGUGGUUCAUGGUUCGUCAAAUUUCACGAACCACAAACCACGAACUUUCACGAACCUGCCCUUGGUUCGCAAACCAGUUUGUUUGGUUCAUGAAAGUGCCACAUCCAGUUCAGAAAAUCAUCACUUCUGGGUCAGCAGAAGGGCACUUCUGGGCCAGCAGAAGUUCACUUCCAGGUCAGCAGAAGGUCUGCAGAAAGUCCAUCCCCUGUUGUUUAGGAAACUGAUUGAUUAGCGCCAGGCUGUCUGCAGUGAUGAACCAAAAAAACGAACCAAACGAACCAGCCUAAAAGUUCGUGGCGGAUCAUGAGAAAUGGGAUCUGACAAAUCGUGGUUCGCAAACCACAAACCGGCCUGGUUUGUGCUUAAUUUUGGUUUGUAUUUUGAUUCAUGCCCAUCUCUAGUUGUGACCGAAAAGUUGGUUCCACUCAAUUCCUUCUCCACACAAUCAUCGUGUUUUAUUCAUAUUAGGUUAACUGCACGGACAGGUUAUGUGUUGGAAGUCCAAUUUAAGACGCUGGUCUUGACCUGAAAGCACUUCACAGCCUGGAUUCUUCAUAUCUGAAUGAUCCCUUCUCCCUGUAUCAGCUCUUGCUCCUGCAAGGAUCAGCUGCCUCAUAUUUGUACAUUGUGCCUAUAAGAGAAUAUCACAUCUACAGCUGACAGAGUUUGUACUGCUUUGGCUCCUAGGCUUUGGAGUAAUUGUGGUAUGAAUGCUUUUUCUCUCCUAGCUUUUUUUUUUAAAAAAAUAAAGGACUCUGAUAUCUUUACA